AGAUUUUGGCAGUGUUACAGUAAAUUAAGGUGCAUAAUCUUCGAGGCCUGACUGAGUGCAUUCUUAGACUUUGUGGGAGGGUAAAGAAGAAAGUGCAGGCCUUUGGAGAUAUUUGCUUCAUUGUUCGCCACUGCUCAAUUUUCUGAAGUCUUUAAGAUCGUUAAGGUUGUUCUGUUGUAUAUGAUGGGCAGCAAGAACAAGCCAUAAAUCAUAGGAGCAGAGGGAGACCCAUUGAAUCUGCUCCACUAUUCCAUCUUUGUUUUUAUUUAAUUCCCCUUCACUCCAUUCUCCUGCCUUCUCCUCAUAACAUUUGCUGCCCUUACCAGUCAAGAGCCUUUCAGACCCCACUUUAAAUAUAUGUAAUAACCUGGCCUCCACAGCUGUUUGUGGUAAUGAAUUCCAUAGAUUCAUCACCUUCUGAUUAAAGAAAUUUCUCAUAUUCAAUAGGAUUCAAUCACAUUCUCCACUCCGCCCCCCCCCCCCACCAUUCCUCUAAACUCCAGUGAGUACAGCCCUUGAGCCAUCAAACACUCCUCAUUCGUUAACCCUUUAAUUUAUGGAAUCAUUCUCAUGAACUUCCUCUGAAUUCUGUCCAAUGCUAGCAUAAUCUUUCUUUGAUAAACAACCCAAAACUGUCCUUCUUGAGACUCCCUACUUCUCAACACCACCUGACUUUCCACUAAUUUUGUCCUGUCUGUGAAUUGGCCAUAAAGCAAUUAAUUUUGUCAUCUAAAUCAUUGACCUAUAACAUGAAAAGCAGCGGUCCCAACAUCAACUCCUACCGAACACCACUAGUCACUGACAGCCAAGAAGAAAAGUCUCCCUUAAUUCCCACUCUUUUUGCUUCCUACCAGCCAGCCAAUGUUCUAUUCAUGCUCGUAUCUUUCCUGUAAUAGCAGUGGCUCUUACCUUGUUUGUCAGCCUCCUGUUCUGCACCUUGUCAAAGGUCAUCUGAAAAUCUGAGCAAACAGCACCCACUGACUCUAUUUUGUCUAUCCUGUCUGUUGUUUCUUCAAGGAAUUCCAAUAGAUAUGUCGGGCAAGAGUUCCCCUUAAGAUAAUUAUGACUGUUAUUUUAUCAUGUGUCCAAGUACACCCUGAUGUCGGGUAAAGGCAAGGACAUUACUUGGGACGAGGAGGCCGCGGCCGCUUUCGUUAAAGCCAAGGAAGCCGUGGCAAACGCCGCGAUGCUGGUGCACCCCAGAACAGACGUUCCAACCACCCUCACGGUGGACGCAUCCGACACAGCAGUCGGUGGGGUGCUGGAGCAACUCAUCGAGGGGCGCUGGCAAUCCUUGGCGUUCUUCAGCAAGCACCUACGACCACCUGAACUCAAGUAAAGUGCUUUCGACCAGGAGCUGUUGGCACUGUAUCUGGCAAUCCGGCAUUUCAGGUACUUCUUAGAAGGCAGGCCGUUCACCACGUUCACGGACCACAAACCAUUGACCUUCGGGUUCACGAAGGUGUCCGAUCCCCGGUCGGCUCGCCAGCAGCAACAUCUGUCCUAUAACUCUGAGUACACGAUGGACAUCCAGCAUGUCGCGGGAAAGGACAACGUUGUGGCGGACGCACUGUCCAGGCCCUGUCCCUGGGGGUGGACUAUGCAGCACUGGCGGAGGUGCAGCAAGCAGGCGACGAGAUGCCCAGCUACAGGACCGCAGUCUCGGGUUUGCAGCUGUAGGACUUUCUCGUAGGCCCAGAUGAGAGGACCCUCCUGUGCGACGUGGCUACUGGCCCCAUCGUCCCAGCAGCCUGGAGGCGGCGAGUUUUCGAUUCCAUACACAGUUUGGCGCACCCAUCUAUCAGGACAACCGUCCGGCUGGUCUCCAACAAGUUUACGUGGCACGGACUUCGCAAGCAGGUCAGUGAAUGGGCCAGAACGUGCGCGCAGUGCCAAACAGCCAAGGUGCAGCGGCACAGUAAAGCCCCACCGCAGCAGUUCGAACCCACCCACCAGAGGUUCGACCACAUUCAUGUGGAUAUCGUGGGCCCCAGUACCUCCUAACUAUGGUAGACCGGUUUAUGAGGUGGCCAGAGGCGGUCCCGGUCACCGACACAACUGCCAAUUCCUGCACCCGAGCACUGAUUGCAACCUGGGUAGCACGCUUUGGGAUACCGGCCCACAUUACCUCAGACAAAGGUGCCCAGUUCACCUCCAGCCUGUGGUUGGCUGUGACCAGCCUGUUGGGAAUGCAGCUGCACCACACAACUGCCUACCACCCACAGUCUUCCACCAUCACUUGAAGUCGGCUCUCAUGGCCUGCCUGAGAGGACCUAACUGGGUGGACGAACUUCCCUGGGUCCUGCUUGGAAUUCGUACAGUGCCCAAAGAGGAUCUGCAUGCCUCGUCGGCCGAGUUGGUGUACGGCGCACCCCUGGCCAUUCCAGGAGAGUUCAUACCAGCCCCAAGGGGGCAAGAGGAAGAACCCGCAGCAGUACUGGACAGACUACGCGAGAGGCUCGGCAACCUGGCCCCCGUACCGACUUCACAGCAUGGACGGACACUGACCCAUGUACCCAAAGACCUGCAGAACUGUAACUUAAGUCCAAGACUAUAAUGAGUGGGAAAGCCAGAAGAUUGUUAGCUGCCCUGUUUCCGUGCCUAGUCGUUCAUUCACAACUAUCUUGACUUGCUGCACUGCUGGUAGAUUUGAACCAAUCAAAAUGGCUGUCAGAACACAUUCUCCUAGACAUACUCGCAGUAAGUCUGAAGGAACGCUAAUUGACCUGGAUGAGAACCAAUCAACUACUCACUUAUUUGUAAAAGAAAAUAACAAUCUUCCAGGAAUUUCAAAAGGACAAGAAUCUAAUCUAUUACAAGACUGGGAUUUGCUAGUAUUUGACCAGCCUAACCACGCUGUUAAUCAGAGCACAAAUCCUUUUUGGAAUGGUCUGUCAGGAUCAAACCCAUUUUUAGAUGAUAUUGCCAAAGAAAGUGAUGAUAAUGUCGUAAAGCCAUCAUCUGCAUUAAAUGAGAAUGCACUGGUUUUUGAAAACCCAAGGACUGCAGAGUCCAUUGGCUCCUCAGCUGAUGAAUUGGAUGUUGACAAUCUGAUCUACAUUGGAAGACCAUUUGCAAAGCAGCAUGGAAGGUGGAAAAGUGCUUCAGAUAUUUUGGAUUUUUCAAACAAAGAUGAUGUUCCUCAGAAUAAUCGUCCAUUGAGUGAAUUUAUCGCCCCAAACUUAGAAUCUUUUCAAAAUGACAGAGAAGCUUACAAAGCGGCAUGGUUGAACCAUAGACAAUUAACUAGAUCAUGCCUUGAUUUGGACAUGGUAAGUCAAAAUCCUGGAUGGGGACAGACUCAGGCUAUUGAAACACUUAUUGUCUGUAAGAUGGACCAGAACGGGGGAUCACUUCAUUUGCCUGAAUCAGAUGUAAGUGUCCAUGUACCUGAAGGUCAUGUUCCACCUGGUGAAAUCCAAGAAUUGGCAAUACAGGCCUUGCUUGAACCACCUCAGUUGCUUAAUAAUGAUUUUUGUACAACAAUUGGGCCAUUACUGGAGAUGAAACUAAGCAAUUUCAACACUAAAGGUUGUAUUUCUUUAGAAAUGAGGGUGACGGCUGAAGUGAAAACUGAUCCGAUGAGUCAAGUUAUGACUGACGUUGUAUGUCUUUGUAGUGAUGCUAAAGAGGGCCCUUUUGAGAAAUUGCACAAUAUUUAUAUAUACAAAGAUGUUAUGCAAGUAAAACUUGAAAAAUUGAGUCCUUGUCUGUAUGUUGUACCAGCAGUUGAAGCAAAAUGUAUUCAGCCUCCAGCAUUGUCAGUAUGGGAUUAUCUUGACAAAAUGAUUACUGUUGGUGUUUAUGGCCCCAAAUACAUUCAUCCAGUUUUUACUGCAGUUUGCACAAUCUUUUGUCACAAUGAAAUCCCACAGAGACUUGCAGAUAUGAAAAGAAACAAUAAAAAUUUACCUCCAGUUGUUCUUCAACUUUGGGGAAAACAUCAAUUUCAUUUAGAGAGACCACAAGAUCUUCAAAUUUCUGUUAUUCCCACCGAGACAAAGUAUGAUGUACAGGAAACUGAUCAGACCAUGCAAAUUGAUAAAACUUUGCUAACAAUGGGCAAGACAAUUCGACAGCCAUUCUCGUUGUCUAUGUCCAAAGCUGGAGAAGUUAAUUCAUUUCAACUUGUUAUUCAGGUUAAAGAUGUCAACCAUGAUGUUAUAACACAAUUCAGUAUCCAGACACCCAUGCCAACAGGCAAAUCAAAUAUGAAAAGACGUUAUCAAAAACGGAAAGAGUCACUGACGCACAUCACUUCAUGUGAACCUUCACCUGUCAAGCAUCCUGUGUUUAAGGACAGAGAGAUAAAUAUUAUUAAUUAUGGAGUGGCACUGAAAUCUGUAUUGAGACAACCAAAAAUUGAAUACUUGCUGGAAUAUUUUAAAGGUGACACUAUAGCACUUCUUGGGUUGGACAAAGUCAAAGUAAUAGGUCAAACCAGGAUCAAGGAAUGGUAUGUUGGUUUCUUGCGUGGAAAGAUUGGCCUUGUGCAUUGCAAAAAUGUGAAGGUGAUUUCUAAGGAGCAGGUCAUGGACUAUUCAGAAGUGAAGGUUACAACCAAGAUUCUUCUUGAUCAAAUUACCAUUCCGAUGAAAAGAUUGACAUAUAUGUAUUCGUCUCUCCGUGAAAUCAUCACAGAGAAUAUUACUAGUUGGAAGCCAUUUGCAGAAGUGCUUGGAUACACUAAUCUCCCAUUGGAUACAAUAUCCAGGACUCCAGUUGAGAGCGAAUCGGAAAGAGUUGCAUGUAUACUGGAGAACUUAAAAGAAGACUGCCAUGCUGGUGGUAACAAGAUGAAGAGAAAGUUUCUGCAUGAAAUUGUUCUGGGAUUGUUAAAACUAGAUCACCAAGGGAUAGUGGUUCGUCUUCUACAGGAUGUUGUUAUGCUCUCUGCAGCCGUGGAGCUCGGUGUUCGUUGGAGGGAGUUGGCAGAAAAACUAGCCAAACUCUCAAAACAUCAAAUAGAUGCAUACGAAGCGCCUCACAGAACUAGAAGUGGAGAAGUCGGUCAGGAGACCAUGUGGAAACCUGCACAUGACUUUCUUUACACAUGGAGCAUAAAGUUUGGAGAUGGAUACCAAGAUGUACUACAAGAACUACAAAAUGCUCUUGAUAAAAUGAAAAGCCCAAUUACAAGGCAUUGGAGACAUUUAACUGGAGUGCUCGUUUUGGUGAAUUGUUUGGAAAUAUUAAGGGCCAGUGCAUUCCCCAGACAUGAAGAGGAAUAAAUUAUUUAUUUAAAUCAUUAUGAAAUACAAACAAUAUCAGUUCUUAACCUCUGGAGAAUGAGAAAGUUUAUGUAAUUGCUUGGUUGAUGAACAUGAUUUAGAUUUAGAAUAUGAAUGUGGUUGAGAUUUAUGAUUUAUGCCUCCUGGGACUUGAAUGAACAGCUGAAAGUCAUCAAUUUUAAAAAUUUAGUUAAGUCGUAUUCUUAACAAUUUCCAGUUCAACUUUCAUGUAGGAUGACUUUUUAUUAAGGAAGCAUUUUACCAUGCUUUGGAAAACACAAGGGAAAUGUGACUAUGUGCAAUUCAGUUUCACUUUUCUUUUGGGUCAGAUUUGCUCUUUAAAAUUUACAUUUAAAUUCAGAAAAUUACUAUCACAUUCAAAUUAAACAUUAAUGUUCCUAAUGUUUAAAGUAAUGAAAGCAUACAAAGAUUUUUUAUUGUACAUGCAUACUGGUCUAAAACAGGGUGAUCACCUAAUCCACCUAACUCAAGUUUGUUUUUUUGCAAUUUUACUUGAUAUUACUAAUAUGCUGGCUUUAUAUGUGUGUGUGAGUAUGGAUUUAUAUGUGCAAAUAUUACUACUGUAUGUAUUCAGUUUGAUACCUAUUCCCAACUGGGCCUCGAUCUGAACUUGUAAUAAAUCUUUGGGUCAUGAAUUACCAUGAUAAUCCCCUUGUUUUCUCCAUUGCAUCCAGAUGAUUACUGCCAAAAUAUCUAAUGUGCUGGAUGAAACAUACAAACAAGUGAAUAGUGGUUUUAAGUUGUUUCCCAGAACUUAUCUUUACUAAAGUAGAAAUAAAAUGCAAAUUUAACUACAGGGAAAAAUGGAGUUGUGGAGGACAUUUGACAAUUUAUUUUUUGUAACUGCUUCCACCUUUACUGACAUGCUUGCUUUGUAGCAUUUCUAACUGAAAAGUUGUCUGCCAAUUGGCUAUGCUGACUUCCAUUAACAAAUGUGUAGGAGAAUGGCUUGAAAUCUUUUCAAAAUAAUUUGUGAAAGAUAAUAUUGUAUUCAUUUUUGUGUUCACCUAUUUUAUUCAUUUUCCCUUAUUCCAGUUUGUACUUUAGGACAGGAUCUUCUACUUUUGAGUUUAAUAAAUAUAAUGUAUCUUAUUACUAGAAAA